AUGGGCUUCACGCAUUCGCUUGAGGUGCUGUAUGCGCUACUGCGACUGUAUACUACGGGCUUAAGCAACGUUACAUCGUCAUCCUUCUCCUCUGAUCUACUCUAUCCAUAUAUACAGCAGCGUUUGCAACAAACUCUGCGUGCUGUAGCUCUUACCGUCUUGUGCACGGUGUGUCUUUCUCUGGUGUUUUUGUGUCUAUUGCCAGUGCUCUCGCCAUUGCAAUUCCCGUCGUUGACUGGAUUUCUACUGGUUAAUGGACUCCUCUGGAUAGUAACAGUCACUCAAUUGACGCUUCGAUACGCGUUGCUGCCUACACCGCGUCGUGUCGAGGCAAAACCAAUUGUCAGUAGCCGUGGAGGGCUUCAAACUGCCGUUUGUGCCGUUGUGGACGUCGUAGCACGUGUGCGACAGCAGCCACCACUUCCAGUGCUAUUGCUUCUUUGUGUGGUUCACUCGUACAUCUGGAAACUUGUGCUAUACUAUGGAAUGGCAUCCAAUGCUCAAGUGGCAGAGAACUUUGGCUUAUUUGCAUUAGCUGGUGGUCUUGUGUCGUGUAUCUCCUUUGUAAUGGUGGAAAAAAGUUUAAGUGAAGACCCGUUCGUGUUAAAUCCACCUGCGGCCUUUGUGAGAGCCAUGCAGAGAGAUGUGGUGCGUGCAGCACGUCGCGGUGUAAUGGUUUACAUUGUCGGACGCGUACUGAGUUGGUUAUUCGCUCACAGCAAUAAGAUGAAUAUUGAGGUGGUGACAAGAGCAGGAUUCUUGUCGUUGCAUGCUUCGACAACAGCGUUCCAGAUUAUGAGCAGUGGAUUGGAGAAUCUGGCUAUACUAAGUGCGGCUUCAGUGUUCCGUAUCCUGCUUUUUCGUGUAAACUACCGCGAUGUGGAUGGCAUGUUUGGUGACACUAACAAUAUGUGGCAGUCGCAAGCAGUCGUGAAAGCAAAGGAUGGAGACGUGACAGGCGCGCUUUUUGCGACUGAAAUUGCUGCAAUCCCACAAACAAGCAAACCACUGAGUGAACAAUAUUUACAGGGCUUGCAAAAGCGAAUGGACGCGGCUUUGAAGAAGAUAUCGGAUAAGGAGACGCUUAAGGCCCCUGCGGAUGCAGAGGACGUGGAGAUUUUGGAUAGCUUGUUCAAGUUUAAGAACUUACUUACUGGGUGUAAGUUCAAUGCGGACGCACGGGAGUCGCUUUUUGCCUCUCGAGAAAGGUGGAAUGCAUUGUUUAACUCGACGACUGCAGUCGUCGAUGGUUUCACGCUGAUGUUGCAAUUGCUGAAUACGCUGCAGGACAGAGAAAGCUCGGUAGUAGGAGACAGCUCUGCUACCGACGCGUUGGCACUUGAGCAGUCUUUUGGUUCCCUUCUACGCUUUCUAAACUCGCAGCAAGACGCUCAUCCGCUAAUCCUGCUUCACCAGUACCCGCACUUGGCAAAUCCUCACAUCUCGUCUACUAGUGUGAAGUCACCAAUCCGAUUUUUUGUUGAAUCAAAACUGCAGUUUGCGACUCGUUGCUUCUUGAUAGAAGAGGCCCGUCGGCGUGUGUUUCAGCGUGCAAAGGUUGUUCGCGCGGCGGAAGCUCUGCUAUGUCACCUUGUCAGUGUAUCGCGUUCUGAGGAUAAGCUGGGACAUGUUCAGCACACUGUACCGGCUGUGCUUUCGUCGCUGUUAGAGUGCCGCCAUGCGUUGGAGACGUACAUGGAGACUUGUUUAAAGGAGAGCAAUACGACCGAUGUCUACGUACAGGAAGCUACAGCUCUAGCAAAAGAUCACUUCUACCCAGGUAUAGACAGCGGUAUCUAUCGCAUCACAGAGGUAUUCCAAGGUGAGUUAUCCUUGUUCGCGUUUCCUCCGGGCGUCAAAAAGGCGUUACGGGCGUAUGCAAGCUUUGAUGCUGAAGAAUAG